GCCAAGGCAUCAAGCAUUCACGAGUUCCACAUAUCUCUCCUUCAAUUCCGACCACCUUAAGGAAUCCAAAACUGUCUCAAAUUUGGUGUCUUUUAGCUUACUUUCUACGCUUUGAUCUCCUCUUAUAAACACAAAGAGAAAAAAAAAACACUUGUUUAGAUCCAUAAAUGAGGCCCAUUCAUGUUCUUGCUUCUCUUCUCCUUAUGUUCUUCCUCUUUGAUCACUCUCAAGGUGUUCGCUUGGGGAAUGGGCUGAUGAAGCCACUGCUGCUAGGAACACCACUUGAAGAGGAGGUUCCAUUGGUGGAAGAAAAUGGGCAUUGGAAUUCAGGGAAAAGUAGAAAACUUCUGAUGGAAACUUCACCAUCAUCUCCAACCCCUUCCACAACAAGGAAUAAAGAAGGAAACAAAAAGGGGAACCAGGGCAUGAAAGAACAGGACAUGAAGAGUUCAAAGGCAGUUUCUGAGAAUCUUGAGGCAGGGCAUGAACAACAACAACAUUAUCCAGACCUCAUAGAGAUAGCAGAAAUGGACUAUUCUCCAGCAACAAGAAAGCCUCCAAUACAUAACUGAUCCCAAAAGAAACAGACAAACAACACAACCGAACAAGACAAAAAGGGUUGUAGGGUAAAAGAAAUUCAACAAAAAAGAGAGUAUAAAAGACAGCGUUACAGAAAUGCUGCAGGUUUUUUAGGGCUUAGGGAACUGUCCUUUGUACAUACCAUUACUAAAAGCCUAUAUGUUAUCAACAUUAAUAUUAUUAUUACUA